AUGGGUGCCUACAACCUGACUCGCCGUAUCCGUAGCCGUCUGAAAUCGGUUACGGAGGUGUGCGAGAUCUAUGCCUCUGUCUUGACGUGGCAAUGUAACGCGCGAACGUCCGCUUCUGAGAUGACGUCUGGCCGCAUAUCGAUCGAUACUGAAGCUGCAUACCUUGCGUCACCGACGAUGAGGUCCGCGCUCACCGCGAGGAAUGCAAGUCCGGCCCGGACUUCAUAUCCUGGCAGUCCGACCAGUAUUCCUAAGGAACAAGACGGCUAUAAGGAUGAUGAUAUAUCCACGAGCAAAUGUGUUCAGGAUCUAGCUGCACUGUUCGUAUCAAAAGAUGAACCAAAGCCAGAUAAAUCGCAUUAUUGUACAAAGAAGACGUCUCGGAAAUCAAAAGACACCGACCUACCUCUGACGACUUCCAGUGCAAUGACACCAAGCACGACUAUUCCAGAUUAUGAUUUUUUGGACAAAGAACUACGCAUUGUUUUGAUUGGCAUCACUGGUUCAGGGAAAAGCACAUCUGGCAAUUCAAUUCUUGGCUUUGACAAGAAACAAGGCUUUAAAUCGGAGGCUAGUUCAACCUCGAUUACAACAACAUGCUCAGUUAGGAAGGCUGCUCGGUUUGGCUGUAAUGUAGUGGUCAUUGAUACUCCUGGCACGUGUGAUACUAACCGUUCUGAGGGGGAGAUCACCAAGGAGAUUAUCCAGAGCAUUACCAUGUCAGCACCAGGUCCUCACGCCUUCGUCAUGGUUCUAAGAGUCAAGCGAUUUACCAAAGAAGAACAAGAUACAAUUAAAUACUUCAAAGAUGUAUUUGGUAAAGACAUGUUAAACUAUUUGUUCUUGCUUUUUACUGGACUUGACGAUCUUGAAGCAGAUGACAAAACCCUAGAAAUAUAUCUAGAUAAUGCUACAGGAGAACUUAAACAGCUGAUCCAAGAAUGUGAUGGCAAAUGCACUGCAAUAUACAAUCGAGAAAAGGACGCUACAGUGAAAGAAAUCCAAGUUAAGGAAUUGGUAGAUAUUAUCAAGAGGAAUGUUGCCAACAAUAAUGGAACUUAUUUUACAACAGACAUGAUGAAAGCAGCAGAGGAAGAGAUUCGUAAGCUGGAAGCCAUAAUACGACAAGAGAAAGAAGAAGAACUUAGAAAGAAAACUGAAAACAUCCAGAAAGAAGUAGAAGAAAAGUUUGAAAAAAGACAAAAAGAAUUGGAAGAAGAAAACAACGACUUGAAGGGCAACAUGGAUGAAUUGAAGAAAAAACUAGAAGACGAAAAGCAAACGAUGCUGGCAGAACGCACCGCAGCACUAAAGCAGGCACACGUCGACAUCACCGAAUUAAUUAGAAACGAAGUUCGAAACCAAGCCGAAAACGAAGAUUCCUUCGUAGAGACUGUUGCAGAAGCAUUCUGUAGUAUAGGGAGAAUAGUGAAAUAUCCUGUCAAAAAACUAAUCGGAUAAAAAUGAAAUUGAAAAUAAAUAAUCGAACAUAGCCACCCGUUAAAGAAGACAUGUAUCAGCAGAUUAAAACGUACGUUUUAUAAGAAUACAAGGCCUAAACAUUAGUGGUGUAACAAUAUAUCAAACUAUCGAUAUGUUGCAAUAGUUGGUGCCUCGAUAACAAUGCAUCGAUAGUUAAUUCAACUAUAUCGAUACCUAUCGCAAUUGUCUGCUCAGCUAUCGAUAGUGAAAGCACAACAACGAUGUAUGGACUUUAUAUUAUAAAUGUACUGAAUAUGAAUUCACUGCCUAGUGACAUUAUUACAGAUAACUAAGUACAUACACAAACAUACAUACAACCACAAACAUUCGUGCGUUCGCACGCACACUCACAGACAAACACACACACACACACACACACACACACACACACACACA